CACCCCGCUGUGAUUUUGCGGCUUUUCGAGCACAUGCCCCGUGCGAAUGUUUUAGUUAUUUUUAAAUAAGUAUUGAAAUACUUGACAAUUAUACUAGAAUUAUUCAAGAAAAGGCUGGAGAAUGAACGGAACUUGUUUUUAACACCUGUUGCUGCUUUUACGACCUCUACUUUACUUUUGACUUGGGCCUACGUGCGACCUAAGGGUCAUCUUCCACCGUAGGGCUUGACUUAAUGCCAGAUUCUUCUUUGCGGUUGCUCUAAAAUAGUCAUCACAGCAGAGCGCUAAUAGGUUAUGAUUCCCUUUCGCCACGAGAUCCAAGGAGCAAUUCGAUACUAAGGGUAGGGGGGGUAGUGUAAAACAAUUUCGCCUGAGAUGGGUGUUGAGGGGAAAUGAAACUGUCCAUGGUGCACUUUGAUUGUAUAUGAGACAAGGCGAAGAUCUAAAGAGCAUUCUCCCCAGACCCAGGACCCCUGGGUUACAUUAACAAGGCAUUCCGUGCCAACGGUCAUCUUCAGACGGUAAAUACGCCACCAGGGAGGGUGGUGUGGGGGUACGUUGUGACAAAACGAUGCCAGAUAGGGGUGGUGUGGCGGAUACGGAGGUCUAGGGAGCAAUUUGAGACUGGCAGAGAGGGCGGUGAUAAGAUAGUAACUGUCUGUAGUAGUAACUGAGAGUGUGUGACAAGGCGAUGCCACAGAGAGGGGUGUAGGGUACGGGGAAUCUCUUGGAAAGCAACCAUCCUCAUGUCUAUUCACGGGUGAAAAGCAACCAUCCUCAUGUAUAUUCACGGGUGAAAAGCAACCAUCCUCAUGUCUAUUCACGGGUGAAAAGCAACCAUCCUCAUGUCUAUUCACGGGUGAAAAGCAACCAUCCUCAUGUCUAUUCACGAGUGAGAAGCAACCAUCCUCAUGUCUAAUCACGGGUGAAAAGCAACCAUCCUCAUGUCUAUUCACGGGUGAAAAGCAACCAUCCUCAUGUCUAUUCACGGGUGAAAAGCAACCAUCCUCAUGUCUAUUCACGAGUGAGAAGCAACCAUCCUCAUGUCUAUUCACGGGUGAAAAGCAACCAUCCUUAUGUCUAUUCACGGGUGAGACGCAACCAUCCUCAUGUCUAUUCACGGGUGAGACGCAACCAUCCUCAUGUCUAUUCACGGGUGAAAAGCAACCAUCCUCAUGUCUAUUCACGGGUGAAAAGCAACCAGAACCCGAUUACCCUGCCGCCUUUUUUAUAUAGUUAACACGUAUUGUAGACAAAAACUUCUCACCUUUCACGGUGUAAUGGAUCCCCGUAGUUAAGGCUCUGUUGGAGAGGAGCCGGCCCGAGGGGCUUUCUCUGUUUUUGUACAAACACUAUGUGUGUCGCGACAAAUGCAGACCCCCUUGCGGUGAAAGGAAAUAAAAAUAGCUAAGUUUUUUACUGUUUUUUAUUACUUAAAAAUGGUUGUUUUGUUCCAUUGAACAGCUAAUUUUUGCAUGCACUAUUCAUAGAACCCGAGGGAUACAUAUCCCAGAGGAUAGAGUCUCGCUUGCGCUGUCUAUGCAAAACCUUAUCAGAAUAUAUUCGCGUUAAACAAUAUAUUUUUUCCUUUUAAGUCUGUAUGAUUUUCCGCUUUAUUUCAAGGCCUUCCGUGAUUUUGUGUUUUACAAUCAAGUAACACAAAUAAGAAAGCAAGUAAGGAAAAGGUGAAAACGCGAGCAAAGCAAAACUCCAAUAAAUCUGACGAUCGGUUUUCCCCAUACGAGAAGUCGACACCGCCCGGCGGGAUGCUCGGCGUUUGAGAUUCUAACCGCCUGGCGGGAUGCUGGACGUUUGAGAUUCUAUUACGGAGUCAUCUUUUGUCAAGGAUAGCUGAGUAAAGAAUCGGUACCAUUUAUAUUCUCGUUAGAAGAAGUACUUGUUGAUUAAAAGGUGACAGGACAUAAAAAUCUUGUUGCACAUAUACCAAUAAAAAGUGCAAAAAGAUUGAACAAAGUGGGCUAUAUAUUAUAAGCAUGCUCUUGUAGCCACUGUGAAGAUGCGUCGCAUAGCUUGUGGAAACCAGUGCUACGUGGGUUUCAACGAUUGAACCGCAGACUCGGCGCGGACAACAAAGUUCAACUUGGGAUUCUUCUAGAGAGACCGAUUUUUCCAUUUGAUUGUCCCCAUUUGAUCCUGAUUAUCUCCUUGCGUCCCACAGGGAUUUAUAUGCAGCAAAACCAUCAUCUUCCUUCAGUUGGCAUGGCCGCGGGCUUGACCUACGAAAUAUGACUUUUUGCAUUUCUGACGAUCCAGGAUGGUACAACAAUCUUAAUCUGCACUCAGCCGUUAUUACAUGUUGGUGUUGUGAGACGUCUUGAAGGAUGAGCGAAAAAGUCAAUCACUGGUUGUGUGCGCUCGUCGCGAUCAUUGUGCUAUGUACGCUGUGUGUUAUGCUUUGCUGCACGGGUUUUAUUCGUGUGGAAGUCCAGCUGGGAGCACACAAGGGCAAGAUUGCAGCGCUAGAGAGAGAAGUCCAAAUGUUGGUUUUGCUGCACGAGCGCUACAAGAAAGAUAACGCUUCCCUUCACAACCGCUUUGCACGAGCAAUCGACCCCACACCCAACCCCACGAUGCCAGUUAUCUGUCAACAGUGCGUCAAACCAUGGAUUCGAGAAGAAGUCGUUGACUCCGUCUCGUAUGCUGUCGAACAAUUCUGUAAGCCAAAGGAUAAACUGUGCUUGCGUGGUCCACCUGGGCCGCCCGGCCCGCAAGGACCUAAGGGGGAUCCCGGUGUACGGGGGGAGAAGGGAGACAGAGGAAUUCCUGGAGUAGGCGGGAGCGUGAUUGCACAGAAGAGCGAUACAGGCGAUGAUGGCAAAGAACCGAUAGUUUACCCCAAGGAGGAAAGAACAGGCUCCAUCAAUGCUCCGGGUAUCAGGGUAGAACCUUCAUCCCUAACAGUCAAUGAGAACGCCGCGGCGACCUUUACGUGUUCCAGCACCACCCCCGGUAAGGCGACCAUAAUGUGGAGCAGGGUGGACGGAAACAUGCUUGGACGAAAGUCGAUCAAGGUCAGACAGGGAAAGCUAAAGAUCAGCCGUGUGAGGCUUCGGGACCGCGGUACAUACAUGUGCACAGUGGACAGCGUGUCCGGAAUGGCGAGGGCCCUGGUUACGCUGAAAGUCAGAGGCGCGCCCCGCAUCAAUCUAGACAGCGGUCCAGUGUUCGCAGUAAGAGGUGAAAAUAUCACACUGCCCCGUUGCCGGGCAACAGGCUACCCAAACCCGGUGGUCUCUUGGCAAAAAGUCUUCGACAAAAUGCCCGAGGGCCGGACGAUUACCUCCGACCAAACACUAAGUAUUCUAAAAACCCGUCGAUCGGAUUCCGGUCUUUAUUUGUGCACUGCGACAAGUCCUUUGGGAUCCUCCAAGUCUACUACACAUCUCGUUGUCGCCGUCCGUCCCAAAUUCACCGUCCGCCCUCCGAGAAAAAUCAAGCAAUACGCAGGAGCCACUGUAAGGGUAAACUGCAGUGCAAGCGCCGAGCCACCGCCUAAGAUCACAUGGGAACGGUGUCAGGGGGGGACCCGGGUCAUAGCCAGUGGGGAGUCCCUGGUUUUGAGGAAUCUUAGGUAUGAAGACACAGGGACGUACACAUGCACAGCCACCAGUAGACCGCUGCUCGCAAAGACGUCUUUUGUGAUAAGGGUCAAGAUCGCCAAAGACUGCUCCAUGCUGUAUGCGCGUGGCGUGCGUGAGAAUGGAGUAUACCGAAUCAACCCUGAUGGGCGUGGCCCUUUCAACAUAUACUGUGACAUGGCAAGGGGGGGAUGGAACGUGUUUCAGCGAAGGUACACCGGGACUGUUAACUUCUUCCGUGGCUGGAGGGACUACAAAACAGGCUUUGGUGACCGCAGCAAGGAGUUUUGGCUCGGUAACAGCAAGAUCUACAGACUGUCGCACGCCUAUCAAAUGGAGCUUCGCGUCGACGUGAAAGAUUGGGCAGGAACCGAAGCAUUUGCAAAAUACGCUAGUUUUCAGAUUGCCGAAGAGAAAGAGAACUAUCGCCUGAGUUUAGGGGCGUAUGAAGGAAACGCGGGCGACUCGCUAUCUUAUAGCAAUGGGAUGCAGUGGACCACGCUCGACCGGGAUAAUGAUCUUAAUACGAAAGCCAACUGCGCGGUGACCAGUAUUGGUGCAUGGUGGUACAAAAGUUGUCACGACUCGAACCUGAACGGUCAAUACAAACAGAGUGAUAAGGAUCCAAAAGGCAUGGUUUGGUAUUUCUUGAAGAACAACGAGUCCACAAUGAAAGAAACACAAAUGGCGGUUCGACCAAAGCGCAAGAAAACCAAGAAACCAUGAUUCAAUGGACUAUGAAGGCCACGUGGGUCAAAUAUCUCACGCAACUAUAACAUUACUGUGCGCAUUACCGCUGCCCACAUGGUCAUGGGCAGCCAUCGGAGGAAUCAAAGAACCAAUAUAACCCAAUCCCUGAAUUAUUCCCUUCCCUGCUAAGUAUAAAGGUCUUUCGUGUUAGCAGCCGUUGUUAGCAGACAAACUCCGCAAAAUGCAAUAGAAUUGCAGCGCGUUUUGUUGUCUAGUACAUUGAAUUUUUGUGGUGUGAUCAACUACACGCUGAUGGCUUUUAAAUACUUGUAACGCCUUGGAUGACGAGAUUUUCAAGUGCAUUGUGUCGUCUAUCCAUUUUAAAUUUAAAUUCAACUUUAUAAAUAUAGGAACAGUCGAUAAAAUUAGAAACACGAGGAACUACAGGCACGUUUUCAGAGGGAAAUUCUGUAGUCAUCGCAAUCAGAAAAGGUUUUUAAACCUUAGACACCUUAGUGCAAUUCUUUCCAUGUUUUAACAUGUUUUAACACUAUUAAAUAGUGUCUCGAUCAUGAUAUUAUUGUCUACUGUGCCCCUAAAUGAACUAAAUUAACUAGCUCUAAUAGCUAAUACACAUGUCUGUUGGGAACGCCAAUAAGACUGCAAGACGUUUGAGAGGAUAACGUUAUCAAAUCUGUUGGGAACGCCAAUAAGACUGCAAGACGUUUGAGAGGAUAACGUUCUCAAAUCUGUUGACUGCUUCAAAUUCCUGUUACAUAUUAAAGUCCAUAUAACCUUU